AUGAAGAAUAAAUUUUGUUCGAAACGUUAUCCAGUAAACAAUAAUACUGUUUCACUGUGUGAUACAUUUAAUAAACUAACUAAUAUGGAACUUGAACCAAUCAAAGCUUAUGAACAUUUAUUAGCAAUUCGUGAAGAAGAGCGUUUAGUAACUGAAUUAGUCUCUGAUGCUGAUAUUGAAUCAACUGAGAAAAUUUUACCACAUAGAAAUUCUGGGAUUAGUCCUUCAUCUUUAGGUGGAAAUGAAACUAAAGCAUUAGCGACUGGAGGUACUACAGCCUUGGACUUCACGUCAACUUUAAACUGGUCGACCAAAGUUUCUCAUCCAGUGAAUACAACAGCGGAUAGUUAUGAUUAUGAUGAUGAUAAAAAUACGUUGACUGGAGAUGAAAUUACUUCGAUAAGAAAGUCAAGUGUUGGAGAAACAUUGGCCGAUUUAGAAUAUUAUCCAAUCAGUCCACUACCAAUAUGGAAUUCAGAAGAUGAACUUGAAUUGUUAGUUAAUGAUUGUCAAGAACGCUUAGAACAAUUAAGAGAGAAUACUGAUGAAACUGGUAAACUGAACGACGAAACAUUGGUUAGACUGCUUAUUCAAAAGCUCAUGUCAAAACCAUGUCAAAAUCAAGGAUAUGUGUUAGAUGGAUUUCCGAAGACACUUGAACAAGCUGAAGCUUUAUUCAGACCUGACCCAGAAGAUGAAGAUAUUCUUGGCAAUGAGAAAUUUCCAUCAUCUCAUCGAUUGAUCACACCUGAUUAUGUAAUUUAUUUGAUGGGUAGUAAUGAAUUAGUACGUCAUCGAUUCAACAGACAAUCAACAGAGGCUGGUCUCAAUCCUGAGCAAGCUUUAGUAAUCCCACCAUUAUGGAAAGCUUGUUUACUGGGUGAUAAAUACAUGUCUCAAGAUGCCGAUAAGAUGAAACCAAGUGUAAAUGUCGAGAAUGAACCAGAAAAGGGAUCAGAACACUUGGAGAAUACAGAUGAAAAUGCACCAGGUGAAGAGAUGACAGUGUUGAAACACUUAGAGACACAGAAGCAUAGACAUGAACGACGUCUAGAAGCUUAUCGUGCUGCAAUGGCACCUGCUGCUGCAGCUUUUCGUGCAGCACUAAUUGAUGAGGCUAACUUACUUCAUGAAGAAAAAAAAGAAGAACGCAGGGAGCUGCGUAAAGCUCAAAAAGAACUACUUAGAGUAUUGGCAGCAGAAGAAGCUACAGUUGAAGAUGGAAUUGACGGCGGCGGUGGUCAAGAAAGAGAUGAUGAACAUGAAAAAACAAAAGAGGGAGUAAAUGAUGCAUUACCAAGCGAAAAAGCGAAGGAAGAAGGAGAACGUGAUAGUGAAAAAGGUGAAGACGUUGGCGAAGAAGAAGAACAUACAAAAACUGAAUCAACUUUAGAAGAAUUAAGGCUUGCCCACAUUCCACCGAUUCCUGAGACUCCAGAUGAUACCGAAGAGAAUGUGAUGACGUAUUUUGAUAUCAGAGAAAUUCAUCCAGUUGUUAUUGACAUGGAUAAAGAUUUCAGUUCAGUGAUUGGUACAAAUGGUCCACAAGAAGAUUGUUUUGAAAAAGUACGUAAGGUGAUCGGACGUCAGGAAGCGCCAAAUCUACCUUCUAUAAAAUUAUUAUCAUCAAAACCAAGUGAAUGUGAAAUGCAACAAAGAGCUAUGAAGAAUUUGAAAGAAUUACAAGCUGUCAAGAUGAAACUCUCUGAAAGUCGAAUGGAACGAGACGAAAAGGAAGAAGCUAAAUUACUUCAACAAUAUCAAGAUGAUUGGAAUAGAUGGCUUUCUUUGCUGAAUGCACAGAAUUAUCAAUACACUGAAGCGCAUUCACUACCAAUGCGUCAUUAUCUAAUGAAAUAUAUUAUGCCAGAUUUAUCAAAAGCUUUACUGAAAUGUACUGAAGUACGACCAGAGGAUCCAGUUGAUUUUGUGGUGAGUUAA